AUGCAAGAGGUGGUCAAGAAAGAGAUUAUCAAGUGGUUAGAUACUGGAGUUGUUUAUCCUAUUACAGAUAGUAAAUUGGUGAGCCCGGUUCAAUGUGUUCCGAAGAAGAGAGCUAAGUCUGAUUUUGAUGAGAAAUGCCGCAAGGCGUUUGAUGAGUUGAAGGUACGUCUUAUGUCUGCUCCUAUUAUUGUUUCACCAGAUUUUUCACAACCAUUCGAGCUGAUAUGUGAUACAAGUGAUUUUUUUGUUGGUGUUGUGCUUGGUCAAAGACAUAAUAAGAUCAUGCACCUGGUUUACUACUCCAGCAAAAUGCUUAAUGCGGCGCUGAUGAAUUAUACUAUUACUAAGCAAGAGCGUCUUGCUAUAAUAUUUGCGUUCACGAAAUUCAAAGCCUAUCUGUUGGGGUCCAAGGUGAAAGAUCGCAAGGGUUCUGAAAAUGAGGUUGCAGAUCAUCUCUCACGGCUUGAAGAAGCUGGGAGACAGAUAGAGGAGCUUGAUAUAGGCGAUGUAUUCCCAGAUAAGAGAGUUCUAGCAGUGUCAUCUGAGGUGGCACCAUGGUAUGCAGAUAUCGCCAACUUUUUGGUGACGGAUCUUAUUCCAGAUGAAAUCAAGACAUAA